AUGACAUUUUUCAAGUUAUUAAUCAUGGAACCACUUACCAAAACAUUCGUCAGAUCUGCACUUUCAUCAAUCUCUUCUUUUGUAGGAGUAUCUAAUUUGAAAAAGAGUGAUGAUCAAUUAAUAAUCAUCAAUAAUCCUACUACUACUUCAACUUCUACCACUACUACUACUACUACUACUACGACUGCAGUUGUAGAUAGAACCAUUCAAAUCAUCAAUGAAAAAGGUGAAAUGAAACCAUAUGUAGUUCCAAUGUAUGUUGAAAAGACAAUUAUCUAUCAAUUGUGUCAAUCUUAUCAACCGGCUAGAAAGGAUCUAUCGAUGGUAUGUUGGCGUUGGCAUAGAAUGGUACAACAAUUCAACUCGGAUUUGGGAUCGGUCAAACUUACCGAUAGGGUUGAACAGUCGAUACGUCGUGCCAACAUACUCAAUGAAACGACCAAUAUGUUUCAUAUGGGUGUCUCCAAGAUCAUAGUACCAUGUUCAUUCUUUUCAACGGUCAAGAAUAUUGUAUUUGCCACCACCUCACUACGUUCACUAGAGGUUAGUUUUCUUCCAAAGGAUUUCAGUCGCCGUGGAGGUGUCAAAACAUCAAUCGACCAUUUUGGAGAGUUCCUCGAUCGUCUAGAGGAACAUCAAAUUAAAAGACUUUGUUUCAAAUCAAAGAUUACUAUUGUUAAUUAUGACUUUUCCAGUCUCAAAUAUUUGUUGGGUCACAAAUGUUUUGCAUCAUUACAAUCUUUUAAAAUGGAGAUGGCUCCACCUCGUUUUGCUGUACUGUCAGAGUACCUCCCAUUCAACCAUCUCGUUCAUCUACAUCUAGAUGUUAAACCAUCGGUUGAUAACUUUCAAAUCGAUUUGAUUUGUAUUCUAACGUGCCCGUCGGUCAUUGACAAUCUUGAGACACUCUAUCUCAAUGAACACAAUCAUGUCCCAUGGACUAUGUUGUCGGGGCAUACCUUUAAAAAGUUGCAUACCUUUGGUAUCACCAAUCCAAAGAUUAAACAGUCACAAGGGUUUAUUGAUUUUGUCAAGUUACAAACAUCCAUCCAAAAACUAGACACUGUCAUCUACUCGCAACAAAGAACGUAUCCAAUCUUUUUGCAAUCUAAUAUCACUGAUUACAGUGUUCAUUUUGAUUACAUUGUUCCUGCGUUCCAUGCGAACAUUCAAACUAUGCAUGUCGACUUUCUAUACAACCGUGAAGCAUUUACCACAUUCUUUGGUGCCAGUGCUGACGUUCUCCCACUCUUGCAAGACCUGACCAUUUCGUGUUACUCUAUGGCCAAUGUUGAGAGAAUUGCCGAGUUUAUCGAUAAACAUACCAAGAUCUAUCGUGUAUCGAUGCGACACCAAAUAGCUACCAAAGAACAAGUACAAUCAUUCUAUUUGACCAAUGGUGGGUUCUUUGACACGUUAUCCAAACCAACAUCAUCGGUACGAGAAUUAAAGAUCCAAACCUUUUCAAACUUUGAAGAUGUCAAACCUCUCAUCGAACGUGUCAACAAUAGUUCCAUCAAUAGUUUUACAUUUUCAAUUCCAAAAUCACAAUCAAUCUCUUUAGGUUCAACACCACCAACAACAGACACUUACUACCAAACACUUACUAAACUCUAUCAUAUCAUCCGUGAAGGCUGUGAAUAUCAACCAUUUCCAAUAUUUACAUUACUUAAAAAACUAAAUGAUCCUUUUAAAAAUAUUAAAUAA